AGAGACAGCUAAAGUUUUACCGGAUGAGUCAGACCGUCUGCCAAAAACCGAGAGAAGAAGAAGAACAGUCAGACCAGUUAACAUCAGCAGCUGCUCUCAUGGUGGCUUUAACAUCUGCGCAACAUGCAGGGCUGUUCAUGUUCCUGUGGAUCAUUGGCUCUGUGGCUGCUGGAGAGAUGCUAAAAAAAAAUGCAAAGCUUGGAGAAGACGUCACUCUUCAGUGCAACAGCCCCACAGAUGCUGCCAUCACACUGUUAGAGUGGAGCAGACCUGAGCUGAAGGAUGACUACGUCUUCUACUUCAGAGAUAACAGGCUGUAUGACAACUACCAGGAUCCACGUUAUCAUGGUCGUGUUGAGCUGAAAGAUCCAGAGAUGAAGAACGGAGACGCUUCUGUUCUCCUGAAGAACGUUGACAUCGAUGACACGGGAACGUACGAGUGUCGGGUUAUAACUCCCUCCAAUAAUCGCAGGAAGAGAAACCUGAGAGAGUUUGUGCACUCCAUCCAUCUGAUCGUCUCUGAAGGUCCUGAGAAGGAAAUCAACGAUGAACACCAUCAGUAUGGAGACGCCAACGAUGAACCACCAGGGGGUCACGGAGGAGACGUUGGAUUGGCAGUUGGUUUGGGACUGGUUUGUCUCAUGGUUGGUGUUGGUGUUGGUGUUGGACUUGUUGUGAAAUCUAAAAGAGCUCAGCUGAACAGAUCAUUAGAGAGUGUUGAUGUGAAACUGAACCCCAGACAUGUCCCAGACCUCUUCACACCUGACUGUCCUCCAUCACCUGCUUCUAAACUAAAUCAUCUCCUCCCUGAAUCACUACCUUGUCGCGGUGGAGGGGCUUACAAACCCUCUGAGACACAAACACCUGGUCAGGGUUACACCAAAUGUGAUUCCAUUUCUAACUUCAGUCUGAGAGAGUCCAGAAAUAUUAUCCUUAAGUGAUCAGCCAAUCAGAAGGAUUGACUUUGCUGCCGAACAUGUAUGAUCGCCAGUGAAGCCUGUCUUUCAGACACAGCGCUAACAACAUGACGUCUGAUCUGGUCUUUGUGUGUCAGAGCCUGGAAGUAGUAGUUACAUAAAAAAAGAAGAUAAAAAUAUCUGAUACAGUGAUUCAUGGUGAGGGGUUUAUUUAAAUAUCAGCAGGUCAAUUUAAAUCUUAAACUCGGUGUAAAGAGGUCUUAAACUGUGUAUCUAUCGUGUCGGUGAUACAUUUCACGUGUGCUUUGUUUACUUACAGCUCCUGAAAUAUAGUCUGCUUCAGGUUUAAGUAUGUGCAGCUAAUAUCUCCAGUAUAUCUCUACUAUACUAAAUACACUUUAAAAUAUGCAUCAGGGAAAUGUCUGGUUAAUGUGAAAAUGAUUGUUUUGAAUACGACUUUAAAAUGUUUAUGUAUUUUCUAAUAAGUAGAUUUACAUGAAAUGUGAAAUAAUGAAAUCAAACCAAACACCUGUUUAACAUGAAAGUGCUAACGGGUUAAAAACUAUACUAAAGAAGUCGAUAAGAAUUAAAUUCAGUGUUCAAUAAUUGAAGUUGAAUCAGAGCAUUCACAGAUAAUGAAUUAAAUAAAUGUCAGAUGAUAAUAAAUUGCACCAACCUUUGAGAACAGACAAUGAAUCAAACACAGCUUGCUCUGAACUGUGUCAUGUAUUUCAGUAUAUGUUGUAUUUACUUUAGUAUACUGAAGUUCUAGUUGUAUAUAUAAUUUGUUCUUAUUUUCAUAUCUCAAGAUUAAAACUGUAAACACCUUGUA